AUGUUAUCAGCUCCAAUUUCAACACUGUCCCCGACUGUCUGUAAUUUUGAGCGUUCUCUUCACAAAGGCAGCCCAAAUGUUAUACCUCCAAAGCAUGAGCAUUUUUCGAAUAUAAUAUCUACUGGUCAUGACCUCGAGAGACAAAUAUAUAUCUUGUCUCUCGACGGAAUAGACCUGAACAAUGACGAACAAGACGAACUAUUUACCAUGUACAGCAUUGACACGGUGCAUACUAGCUACCUGGCUGCACAGAGCCGAGUUCAUCAGUACACUCAAUUCAUGGCGCUCCUGCAGCGCGCUGAAGAUGCAUGGGCACAGAAGAUUCAACAGAUAGGUUGUGUGGUCACGGAAGAGAAGUUGGGACGUGUGUCGCUGGAUGAAAUAGAGGGGCAAGUCGAUGAGCAGGAUGUACUGCUGGUGAAUACCGUUCACACAGUGUUUGCAAACUAUGCUGCAGCGCAAUGUCGAGUCUGCCAGUACACCCACUUCCUGACGAUCUUAAAGCGCGAGGAAGACGCAUGGCUUCAAAGAUUUCAGAAGGCAUGUUCUGUGAUGCUGGGUUAUGAGCCUGUGAGGUAUGACCAACCUAUGAAGGGUGAUUUAAUGAAAUCGUUGCGAGUCUGA